GUGAAAUUCAUGGGUGAAUGUCAGACGUCCAGACCGUCCGGGCCCCUCCAAACCAUGGGGGACAGCCCCUACCUAUACCCUGUGGCCCUCAAGUGGGACGAGGGCCCCGACACCCUGAGAAAGCUGAAGAACAAACUGCUGCUGCAUUUCCAGAGUAAAAGCAAAUCUAAUGGAGGAGAAUGUGAGAUCCGAGAUCUGGACUGCAGCCGGGGGCACCUCCUGGUAUACUUCAGAGAUGAGGGGGUCCGGGAUCGAGUUCUGCUAAAAAGCAACCAUGAGCUGAACCUGACAGAAGGAAAGAAGCUAAACCUGAGAGUAACCCUCCCCAAAUCUACCCCAGAGGAGCCCCCCAUAAACCCCCGCACAGAGAGAUGUGGAACUCCGGAGUUGAUGUCUGCACCCGGGACUGAUGAGGGUGGUAGGACGCUGGGUGCCACCUCCUCCAUGGUUCUGGUAGAGAAUGUCCAGGACUCGUGCCCCCCAGACAUGCUAAACCUCCUGGUUGAGAACAUCAGUGAGAGGAGAGCUGUGAUGGACUUCUAUGUGGAGAUGGUCCCUGAGCUGCAGUCUGCCAUCAUCACCUUCACCUGUGACAUAGAUAUCCAUCGCUUCAUUCACAGUUUCUCCUCCAGUCUCAGAGUGACGAGGCUCCAACUAAAGGUGAAGCUUCUGGAGGAAACCACAAGUGUCCGGGUGGAGAACUUACCCCCCAACACCUCUGAUGAACACCUCACAUUUUACUUUGAAAGCCCCAGACAUAGAGGAGUAAGGGUGCAAGAAACUGUGAUAUUACCUGAGGAGGGGACAGCGCUGGUUAAAUUUUAUGACACAGAAGCUGUGAAGACAAUACUGAGGAGUCCACAUGUGUUUAAUAGGACCCCCAUAAAUGUGUACCCUUACUACCCGUCAUUGAAUAUUCAUCUUUAUGGAACAAAUAAUCCUCACAUGAUCUUACCGACCCCUAUAGAAUUCACUAUUAGUCCAUAUAUACUGGAGCACAUCCUGAACAAUCAGCAGAUAAAAAGCAGCAUAGACACCAACAUGGAGAACAAUUACUGCAAGAUCAAAUGGCCGAGUCCUGACUGCAUGAAUCCUAUCAUAAAAAUGGAGAUACCUCCUACCCUAUCUAAGAAUCCCAGGGCGAUGGCGAAGGUUAACCACAUGUGGACUGAGAAGGUAUCUGCAGUGUUCUCACUUAUUAUCUCAAGGUAUAAAGUCAUAGAAUGUAAAAUGCAUCCUUCAGCGUGGGAGGACAUCAAGGUUCAGAUCUCCACUGCUGCUUAUGAUGGAGUAUUGGUCAAACCCACCGCUGACGCUGAGAAGGUCUUCCUGGCAGGUGCGAAUAGGGAUGUUAAUAAGAUUGAGCAGACGUUCAAGAAACUGGUGGAAGAAAACAGCAGAAAAGCCGAGAGAAGAAGUAAACAAACGACAAAGACAGAACCGAUGUCUGCUGCUCUCUAUCAUGUGAUAUGUAGCAGCGGUCUGGAGAAGAAGAUACUGGCAGAGGCCCCAGAGAUGAAGAUGGAGUAUGACCCGUCCACACACAACGUCCGGCUCACCGGGCUGCGGGAUGAAGUUCUUGAAGCCAAGUGUGAAAUACUCAGUGUUGUACAGCAUCUGAAAUCCAAAUCCAUCCAGCUGAACCCGCACGUCCUCCAGUUCUUGAAGUUCGCUGACAACGAUGAGAUCUCUUGUCUCCUCUUUAUAAGUCGAAACAUCAAUGCUGUGAUCGAGAUGGAUGAAAACUCAAUCAAACUGACCGGUCACAAAAAGAAAGACUUGACCGAUGCAGAAGAGCAAAUUGGCCAAGAAUUAAUUUGUCAGCGAAUUCUUAUUGAGGACAAAAAUGUUCUACAAAGUCCAGAAUGGAAAAGUCUCCGAUCCCAUCUUCUCCAGUCCCAGUGUUCUGAGAUGUGCACGGUCAUGAUCGAGGAGUUCCCUCCCGGAGCAGAGAACGAUGUGGUGGUCGCAGGAUUGGCCUCCAGUGUACACAAGAGCUACAAAGAAAUCCAUGAAUUUGUGAACAAUAAGACGGUGAUAGAGGUGAGUGUCCCCAUCAGCUCCAGGGUCAUGCUACAGUUCAUUGAGGAGACAAAGCAUCAGAAGUGGCAAGAGAUUAAGACAAAGGCAAAGGUUGUGAUGAAUGAGAACAAUGUGUCCUUCUUCGCCCCAAGGAUCCAGGCCGAGGAUGCAGCCGCUCAGCUCCGCAGUCUUCUGUCCACAUUAUAUUGUGAUUCUCUGUGCAUCGAUAAACCAGGCGCUAAGAACUUCUGUAAGAAACAUGAAAAGACUCACACCUCUACAGCAAAGACGGAAUUCAACUGUGUCAUCCUCCUGGAGACGGGUGAGGACAACAAACAACCAGAUAAUGCCCAAUAUGAAGUGAAGCUGCAGCGCGGGGUGACCCUCGCACUGUAUCGGGGUGACCUGUGUAUGCACAAGGUGGACGUUAUUGUUAAUGCUGCUAAUGAUGAUCUGCAGCUCUCCGGGGGUCUGAGCCUGGCCUUGCUGAAAGCUGCAGGACCUAAACUUCAAGAUGAUUGUAAGAUUAUAAUCAGGAAGAAGGGAAGGUUGUCCAUUGGGGAGUCAGUCAUUACUGAUGCUGGAAACCUGCAAUGCAAACAGGUCAUACAUACAGCUGGGCCCCGCUGGGAUUCUCAGCCCCAUAAGGGAUGUGAGCAACUUCUACAGAGAGCAAUAACCACAAGUUUGGAGCUAGCUGCAGAAAAUGGCCACAGCUCCAUCGCCAUCCCUGCCAUCAGCUCUGGAAUAUAUGGAUUCCCUCUAGAAAAAUGCGCUAAAAAUAUACUGGCCGCCAUAGAAGAUUAUGUGGAGAAGCAUGGGAGCACGAGCAGUGUGCGGCGAAUACAUAUUGUGGAUACGAAUACCCAGACUAUUCAAAUUUUUUCUGAGGUGCUAAGAACCAGAUUUGGAGACCAAAAGACCAGUGGGGCCCCUGCAAUGACAGGGCCCCAGACUCCCAUCAGAUCAGAAGGAAGUGAGAAGCCACAAGUUACAAUGAGCCAGGAAGACAAGGAAGUGCAGACCACGGAAGGGCUGAUCAUCCGGCUGGUACAGAAGAAAAUAGAAGAUGCCAUAACCGAUGUGAUGGUGAACACUGUGGGGAGUGAUCUGGAUCUUACCACGGGUAACGUCUCCAAGGCCAUAUACAACCGCGCAGGCGCUGGUCUACAGCAGCUGUUGACAAAUAACAAUCUGGGGGCUCAGGCGCCCCCUGGCACAGUGAUUCCAACAGAUGGCUGCAAUCUCAGCUGCCGGCAUGUCCUUCAUGUGGUGGCUCCACAAUGGGACAAUGGACAAGGAGCUUCAGAGACGAUAUUGCAGGACAUUAUCCAGCAUUGCUUGAUGUGGACAGACCAGCAGAGUAUGAAGUCCCUGUCCAUCCCAGCCCUAGGCACCGGCAACCUGGCCUUCCCCAAACCUCUAGUCGCAGCCGUGAUGCUGGACGCAAUCUUCCAGUUCAGCUCCAAAAAUAAACCUCAAAGUCUUCAAGAAGUGGAAAUUGUUCUUCACCCGAGUGACAAAACCUCAAUCCAGGUAAUAAUGCUUUAACCUUCUCUAGCGAUG